AUGAAAUUUGACUCAAAGGAUGAAAUCAAAGUGAAAAAAAACGAUCAUCCGAAAAUAUCCAAGGUUACCGUUCAUCCCCUCGUUCUACUCGGUGUUGUCGAUCAUUUUAAUCGUGUGGGGAAAAUCACUGGGGGUCAGAAGCGUGUUGUGGGUGUCUUACUGGGUGCAUUGCGUGGAAGUGUACUGGAUGUCAGCAACUGUUUUGCAGUUCCUUUCGAGGAGGAUGCGAACGAUCCGAAUGUUUGGUUCCUUGACAAUGAUUAUCUUGAGAACAUGUUUUCAAUGUUCAAGAAAGUAAACGCUCGUGAACGCAUCGUCGGCUGGUACCACUCUGGUCCCAAACUUUGCACAAACGACAUCAAAAUUAAUGAACUUUUCCGGAAAUACACAUCAAACUCAGUUCUUGUUGUAGUUGAUGUUAAAACAAAUGAAAGCGAUGGGAUCCCCACUGAGGCCUAUAUUGCCGUCGAGGAGGUCCACGAUGACGGAACCCCGACGACAAAAACGUUCGACCACCUUCUCUCCGAGAUUGGCGCUGAAGAGGCUGAAGAAGUUGGUGUGGAGCACCUUUUGAGAGACAUAAAGGAUUCCUCUUUAGGCAGUCUCACUCAACGAAUCGAUGCUAAAAUCAGCGGAUUAAGCGGAAUGCUUCGGCAGUUGGAAGGAAUUCAGGAGUAUCUCCAACUAGUCACCACUAAGCAGAUACCAAUCAAUCAUCAGGUGAUGUACAAGCUGCAGGACAUGUUCAAUCUCCUUCCUGAUGUCCGCCUGCAAGAAAUGGUACGGUCGCUCAACAUGACCUCCAACGACCAAAUGCUCGUUAUCUAUGUGGCCUCAGUCAUGCGAGCAGUUCUAGCUCUGCACGACCUAAUAAAUAACAAACUGGCUAAUCGGGAGAGCGAGAGGAAUGAAGAUGAGGGCAAGAAGACCACCAAGCCGGCCGUGGCUGGAGACCAACCGAAGGACGAGACUGAAAAGGCAUCCGAAAAGAGGGCCUAA